UCUUGAUUCGGAUCCACCUACGUUGCAUCUGUACCGGUGGUCUGGAUGAAUAUGAAGAUCCUGGCAAAGCGGGCGCUAAAAUUGCCUGCAUAUGCAACAAUGCGGUCCGGGCCAGAUUCAACCAGCAUGCACCGUGCCGCCUACGGCAGUCGGCUGGAGCUACGGUUUCUUUCGAGGUUCACUUGUCAUCAUUUUCGAUACGCGAAAUCUAUCUAUUCCCUUCAAGAUUACGAUGGAUGAUGAAGCGCAGCGAAAGAUACUUGCCAGAUUUCCGAGAUCAGAGAUAUGGGAUGAAAGCACACAACAAGCCGUGGACAUGAUUCGGUUGUACAUGCAUCGUCGACCGCAACCUACUAUUACGUAUAUAAGAUCUUACAACAGAAGAGCCGCCACAGCAGACCAGUUAAGCACAAAUUCCAGAUUCAACAAGAGACUAUACUGCCGCCCGUCGAAGACGAUAUCAGGAGGACUUUAUUCAGAGUCAUCAAGGAAAUGGGAAGUAUCCAUUACGAAGAGCCAAAGCUAGCACCAGUACCGGUGGAAUGGACUUCAAGUGAGGCUUCAGCAAGUGAAGGCAACAAACUGGUCGUGUUUCAUGUACAUGGAGGUGCUUUUUUCCAAGGCAGUCCGCAGAGUUAUCGAUCUACUACAACACAAUUUGCCUCUAUGACCGGUGGGCGAGUGGUUUCUGUCGACUAUCGUUUAGCACCCCAAAAUCCUUUUCCUGCUGGCUUACUAGACGUCCUUCUAGUAUACUUGUCUCUUCUCUACCCCACUGAGAGUGAAACCCCCGCCGUCGAUGCUCGCAACAUUGUCUUCGCAGGAGAUUCCAGCGGUGGAACGCUUCUUUGCUCCAUCCUUCAGAUUAUUCUCCACACUGCGGACUACUCAACGUGCCAAUUUCGGGCUCGCCGCAUUCAUUUUCCGCUGCCACUGCCUGCAGGCCUGUCGGUCAUCAGUCUGCCGGGUGACCUGCUUCAAAGUCUACCAUCACACAAAGAAAAUUUGGUCAACGAUCUCUACUUGAACAUUCCGUGGUCUUUCCCCGACUAUCCAGCUUGUCCAAUCUGGCCGAGUAAUCCACCAAGAUCGCAACACUAUGGAGAUCUUGAAAUUCAUAGUCAUCCGUUGGUCUGCUCGGUGAUGAUCAAAUCUUGGCUUGGCGCUCCACCGUUUUGGAUCUCAUCGGGCGAGGAGCAAUUCCUCGAUGGCGGCAAAGCGGUUGCCCGGAGAGCAGCCAGCCAGGGGGUAGGAGUGAGUUGGACUGUGUAUGAGGCUAUGCCUCAUUGCUUCUCCAUGUUGCCAGGUCUCAAUCAAUCUGCCCAAUCGAAGCUAAUCAUGAAAAAGUGGGCUCAAUUCUGCAAAGAGUGUGUGUUAAGCCCAAAUAGCUUUAAGGGACGUGUUCGUGCGAGCAAGGUUGACUUCAGAACUGUCACAGAGACACAGGUAGCAUUUGAAGACCCACGAGAUUUGCCCAUCAAUGAGAUCGAGGGUCUUAUAUUGCGGAAGAUUUUGGAUCUGGAAAGGGAGUUCACAGGAGCUUGGAAAGCAAAGACAUGCUCUAAUCUGUGAUUUGCGGUUCUCAAAGAUUUCACAUUUACUUCUGAACUUCCAG